AUGGAACAUUUGUUGCAGCAUGUAGAGCAAUGGAAAGGUGAUCUGGAGAAAUGGGUUCGCCAACUACCGCCAGAGCAACUGUACACUGCCCUUGUGGUGCUACUUCUUACUGUUACUUUUCUCCUUUUAGGUAUGCAUUUGUCUGAUGCAAACUUCUUUUAUGUACAUGUGGACUUCUCCCUAUAUCAAUUCAUUUCAUUUUUUCGGUGUCUCUGUUGACUAUUAUUUUUUAUCUUUUUCGAAAUCCUUAAACAAUUUUUUUUGUCUUCAUUAAUGUUACAUUUUGCCUAUCGUAAAUGGAAAUGGUGUUGUGGCAGUGAUCUGAAGUUUGAAAUAGGAAGAAAUUUUGUAGAAGUUUCAUUGAUAGUUUGAUAUGCUGCGUGGAAGUGAAGAAUGUCAUAAAAAUCCAGAGUAUGUGAAAAAUAGUUGUUGAGGCAGGACAAAGGAACCUGUUAUGAAGGAGCACGUGACAUUGUUGCUCGAAUUUGUUUUGAGCUGAGCUAAGACGAACUGUCGUAGCUGUUUCUUACUUGAUGUGGACAUCAAAGUGCUAGGAUCUUCUCAGUAUAUUUAGUAGUGAUCUGGAGGUGUGAGUAACUGGUGAUUCCCUUAUUAGAACUGAAUGCAAUAAAAAUGGACAAUUUCACUGAAUGAACUCUGGAUUGAGUCCUUUUCACGAGUGUUGAACGUUGUCCACCUUUAAUAUGUAAUCAAUUUACUUGUUUUUGAGUGGGGUGCUGACUAGAAAAUAUCAUUAUUAUUCUAUGAAUUUUGAACGAUUACAAAUUGUAAUUUUUCUAAGAAAAUGUUGACAAGGACAAGCAAAUUAUCUUAUUGUAGGGAAAUAUCUGAAACUGCUGGUGUUUCAUUUCAAAUGACGCAUGUGAUUCAAAUUUAGAACAUCCUUUUCAAGAGGAACAAAGCAUAGAUUUUUAUAAGUUUCAUCACAUACCGAACUUGAUAAUGGCAACCUAGAUAAUAUGCUUCUUUUGUGUUCUGAUGCCAUGGCCUUGUCACAGGCUUCUUCGAGCCUCUUUUGCAUGCUAGCAAGGAACAUUAUACAACUGCAUUGAUAGUCUUCUAUUGUUUAAUUUUCAUGCCUUUUUCUGAUUUACUGUAACUUUCAUCUAAAUUUUUACUAGCGUUUUUUUUUUAGGUGUAGCAACAGAUUAAUAUUAGAAACAGGCUUUGGCGUAUGAGAAAUUACUUCUCACUCUUGUUGUCUGACUCCGUUUUUGAUAGUUUUUAUAGUUAUCCCAGGCUACCAGAAUGCAGUUAUCAUAGGACUUGGGGAAUGCCAUUUGAUAUCCUUGUCAGGCAUGUCUUGGGAAAAAUGCAAUGUAAAAGCUUUGUUGAGCAUUUUAACUAAUUCUCUUAAAAAUUUAAUGAAUGUUGAUGGCCCCACUACAGUGCACCUCAUAGGAAUUAGGCAACGUCACUGGAUAUUUUUGUCAGACAUGCCUUGGGAAAAAUAUAAAGUAAAUGCUUGGUGAGCAUUUUAAUCAAUUCAUUUCACAAUUUAAUGUGUUCAUAUUCCUACUAGUAGGGUAUGAUAAAACAAAAAUAUGUCCACUUUGCUGCUCCUCAGACUACAUUUAUCUUAACGACAUGACGGUUUGCCCUCCCAGAUUAUGAUGACUUCUACUCCCAUUUCAUUAUUCUGGUCCAGGAGCACAUCCACGAGAAAGUAAAAUAUAUCAACCCUAAGAUGAAAGCCACCAGACAUGAAGAGAGUUGAUUUUAAGUGUUUCGUUUGAUAUAUUUUUGACUUCUCCUUGCCUUUUGGAAGUUUUAUCUUGGACCAACCUGAUUCUCUUUCACGCUUGUAUUAUAUCGUAUGCAUACUAAUGGUAAAAAUAUCUAAAGUUUCCCUCUCUCCCCAUCUUAAGUUCAAAUAGUUGUAUAAUAUUCAUGAGAAGGCGGAGGCUUUAAUUUUCUUUGUUGUGCCGUCCAUACAUUGUGUCACGAUGCAUCUUCUUGUAGUUGCUAACUAUUCAUCUGUCAAUUGUAGGUCGCCUUUUUAAGGGCACAAAGUCCAAUACUAUAGUGCUUGCUGGAUUAAGUGGAAGCGGGAAAACUGUUCUUUUCUACCAGGUAUAAUUAUGUUUGACAUUCUUUGUAGAUCAUAACUCAAUAUUCCCAUUAGGGGAAAUUGAAGUCAUUGGAUUAAUAGUUGGUAUGAUCUCUGCAUUAAUUCUGAGAGGAUAAGAUAGAGAGAAAACAGAUGGAAAAGGAUUGUAAUAGUAGUUUAUCACAAUGAUAGCCGCUCAAAAUGGUGUUCUUUCCAAAAUGGGGGGUAGUCAAAUGCUAGCCAAUCAGGACGGUAGAAGGAGACAGCCAUUAGUCAAUUAGGGAGUGUAUGCUGGGAUUUAACUGUAUUCAAAUCCUAAUAGUUUCAUGCAUAGAUGCAAUGGAGCUUUUAAUUCUGGCAUUGAACCGGAAGCGAUUCCAACUCAAUACUUCACUCGAUUCCAGCGUGAAAUUAUGAACCUGAUGAUAGAUUAAAUCUAACGUUCUGCCAUUUUGUCAGAUAAAGAGGGAUGCAUAGAAGCGCAUAUUUUCUGUUUCCUGUAUUCCAUCCCUCUCAUCGUUGCUGGUUUUCUCAUUAUCAUUUCGUUUCACCACCAUGGUCAUCUGCAUUCAACUGCGUUAUGCUACCAUUUAUGUUAUGCAGAUUGCAUUUCUCUUUGGGCUGGGGUUUGAAUUGUGAGCUAACGAGUUGCAGUUAGUCUACGCCACUAGGCAUAUCUCAGGAAGUAUUGCCCAUUUCGGUCUGUAUAGUAAGAUAUAGAUAACAGAAGAGGUUUUUGACGACUAGUCAGUAAAGAAACAUUCUAGGCAUUUUCAAUUUCCCUAAAUGUUCUUUCUUAGUUUUUCCUGCAUAGGGAAUCCUCUGGCGUAUUGAUUCACGAGUUUCGAUUGUUUUCUCCAACACGAAAUGGGUUGAACUUUAAUUACUGUGCGAUUUGGUUGAAUUCUUCUGGCAGCUUCGUGAUGGGUCUCCGCAUCAAGGGACAGUGACGUCAAUGGAACCAAAUGAGGAUUGGUUCAUUCUCCAUUCCGAGUCUGAAAAGGUAAAGAAAAUUUGUAGUACAACACUUGUUCUAGUGUUAGUGUCCAAAUUCCAUUGGAAUUUCUCCUUCCUUUCUGUUUUAGGAGCACAUAUAUUCUAUAGAGGAUGACACUGCCCUCGUUCUUACUAUCCUUUACACAGAAAAACAAAAUAAAGCCUGUUCGUGUUGUUGAUGUUCCUGGUCAUCCCCGGCUUCGACCGAAGCUCGACGAGUUCUUGCCGCAAGCAGCUGGCAUUGUUUUUGUUGUGGAUGCUUUGGAUUUCUUACCAAACUGCCGGGCAGUUGCAGAGUAAUUCACUUUCAACUGCUCUCAUAUCCAUAAUUAUUUAUCGAACUGGCAACUGUUUAGAUGAUAUAAAAAUAAGCCGAAAUGGAGUUGUUAUUAUGUUGCAUUUGAUCGUCUGAUGAUAUACUUGGGACAGAGAUUGCGUCUCACCUACUACAAUGAUUUGAUCGUCUGCUAAAUACCAUAUUUUUAGGUUAAUUUCUCGCAAGGAUUCAGGUUCCUGUUCUUCCUCUUGUGGCCAUCUUCCAUGCUUCAUUUAUGAUUUGGUUUCCUGUGAUAGGUACCUAUAUGACAUUUUGACGAAGACGAAUGUAGUGAACAAGAAAAUUCCAGUACUGAUUUUGUGCAACAAGACUGACAAGGUGACUGCUCACUCUAAGGAAUUCAUUAGGAAGCAACUGGAGAAGGAAAUGUAAGUACCUGCUUAUCACUUUUUUUUUAUAAAAAAAUUAGCCAGCCCAACUUCUCUUCAAUUAGAACUUGAAAUUAGAGAUUUAAUAAUUAAGCUAUGCUUUUGGUGAAAUUUAGACUCAUAUUAUUGAUCAUUUAAAUUUAUAGCCCAAUGUAUCUGUAAAUUAGAACCAUAAGAAAUAUGAAAUCAUCAGACUACACUGCUAACCUAAUCAAUAGUCUCUUGUGAUUUAUUGCUUCAUAAUCUCUCGUUAUUUCCUUCUUUAAUUACUAUUUAAUUUUUACGCGUUCAAAGAAGCUGCAUAAUAUUUUUGGUUCCUUUAAAUAAUAUAAAGGAUCCCAGGAAAUCGCCCUCCCCAUCCCCCUUUUUUUUUGUAGCUUGAGAGAUUACUAUUAGUGGCAGCUACCUUCAUACUUUUGUGGCUGAUUAUCACCCUAGAUUUUAGUUGAGUCAACUGCUAGUUCCAUGGGCUGCUCUCUGUUGACUUUCACAGGUCAAAAUCCAUCUCUGAUUAUGCCUUCUAUCAUUUAUACCCUCCCAUUUACAUUGCAGUGACAAGUUACGAACCUCGAGGACUGCGGUUUCAACGGCUGACGUCACCAAUGAGGUUACCCUCGGGAUAGCAGGCGAGGCAUUUGCGUUUGUGCAGUGCCACAACAAGGUGUCCGUUGCUGAAGCCUCUGGUAUAAAGGGUGAGAUUACUCAACUCGAGCAGUUCAUUAGGGAGCAUGUAAAGCCAUGA